AUGACCAACUUCAACAUCCAAAUCAUCUCUGAUAGUGUUUGCCCGUGGUGCUACGUCGGCUACCGUCGUCUCUCCCGCGCAAUCACAAUCCACAAAACCUCUCACCCCCUAGACACAUUCACUCUAACCUGGGCCCCCUUCUACCUGAACCCACACGCACCCCGCUACCCGGGUGUCGACAAACGACAAUACUACGAGACAAAGUUCGGCGCGGACCGCACAGACUCCAUUCUCGCGCGGCUCUCCAGCGUCGGAGCCGCAGACGGGAUUGCGUUCAAGUUCGGGGGCCGCACAGGAAGUACGCGGGACUCGCAUCGGUUGAUCUGGUAUGCGGGGGAGAAGGAGAAGGAGAACAACAUCAGCAACGCUAAAAGCGGGGAAGAUGAUGUGAUCGGGGGAAUCCAGACCAGAGUGAUUGAACGGUUGUUCCGGGGGUAUUUUGAGGAAGAGAAGAAUAUUACCGACCCCGCCGUGUUGUUGGAGGCGGGGGUUGCCGCGGGGUUGGGGCGCGAGGAGGUGCAGAGUGUGUUGGAUUCGGAGAUCGGGUUGGAUCAGGUUGAGAUGGAGGCGACGAGGGCGAGGAGGCAGUUGGUGACGGGGGUGCCUUAUUAUCUUGUGCAGGGAAUGUAUGCGAUCGAGGGUGCGGAUGAGCCGGAGACAUUCCUGCAGGUGUUUGAACGGAUUAAGGAGGCUUAG